CCUCCUGCUCCCCCUCCUCCUCCUCUCCCUCCUCCUCCUCCCCCUCCUCCUCCUCCUCCCCCUCAGGAUAAAUCCAGGAAGAGAGCAGGGAGAGGGCGCUGGGCUGAGAUGGCAGCUGAGAGAGCUCCGAGCCGGAGAAAGCAGUGCAUAUUCCGAAAGGCUUUCCAGAGAUUCCCAUUUGGGAAAUGCGAGAGGAAAUCCAGGUCGAACAGCAGUUACGAUGUCUUCCAUGUCAGUCCGUUGCCCCCGACGGGGGAGAAGUGGUCCCCCACAGACACGGGCCUCUCUCCUGCAGCCCACCCCCAGCACUUCUCUCUAGAAGGGAUCAACGGCAACUUGAAUGGGCCGGUCCUUCCGAAACUGGAACUGGAUCAGAACUCCCAGGAAAUGAAACAUGUGGCCCUAAUCGAUAACUCCAGGUUUCACUUGGGGCAAAUUCCCAGCCCCGGUCCCUCCACCCAACUGCACCUCAACCAUCUACACCAUCUGCCCACUGACCCCCUCCAGGGAUUCCUAACUACCCCGGCUUUGGGCUCUCACUAUCCCAAUGGGUAUCUGUCUCCCAGCAACGAUGUCCGGCCCCCGUCUCCCAGUGACUCCAGUAUGGAAAUGGACGUGGAGAUCGACCCAGAGACAGGAGAAAGAGCGUUGGACUAGAAAGCGUUGGACUCCUUUCCUACAGGCCUAAGGCUGCUGAAUGUAGAAUAUGGCAGCCAGCCCUGGCUUGGUGGCAUUUGCUAGUGGUGGGAAGCUGAGGCCAGAACAAUGACGAUACUGAAGACCUGGGUCUCACCCAACCAUCUUACCUUGGCAUUUCAAGCAAAUAGUGACCAGAAGGGUUAUGGAAAAGCACGGAUUUGCCCUGGGUCCCUCAGCAACCAAUAAGACGUUGGCUUUUAUUAUAUUAAUUGCACUAGACAAGCUAAAGGUAACUGUUACUGGUUAUGUUACUGGGCCCAGUUUGGAGUGAAACCCACAAUGCCUCCCGGGGACAGUGUAACAUGGCGUUUUGGUGGCAGCGGCGGGAUCCUCGUACUCCUUGGGGGCAGUUAGGCAAUUUCACAUUGGCUCCGGGGCAACUUUCUUUUUUUUUUCUGUUCGGUUUGGAUUACAAAUGGCAGGAAUGUUUUUCUGCAGGUUGGAUAUUUUCCAGAUUCAUAAAGAUUUUUUUUUUUAAUUGUC